AUGCAGCGAUUACAACUGGUGCAUGUUUUACUUGCCGCCUCAGUCGCCAUGAUUCUCACUUCAACCUCAACAAUGGGACAACAGUCAUCGUCAUAUAACAAGCGACUAUCUAGAACAGAAAUGCCUAUUGUGCAGGCAGCUAAUGCACCAUUAAGUGAUAAUAUUGCGACAGCCAGUGGCUCAGAGCCAGCACUCCAAACAAUUAAGGCGCCAGAGGGUGAGAGCAGUAGCGCAGUAGAUACGAAACCAAGUGAUAUCGCAGGACUGGAAGAGUCAGACGAGAGUGACACAUCAAUUGAGGAUGAGUGUGAUCCUGAUAUGAUUGGAUUUGAGAUAAUCACAGGGUAUGUUUUCUCAGCACCGGGAAAACUCUUAGACUCCAUACCAGGCACUUUAAUGUUCACCGAUUGCCUGGAGGCGUGCCAAUCUAAUGACUCCUGCAACUCUGUGAAUUAUGAAACCGGACUGUGUGUACUGUUUGCCUCCACUGCUGAUAAACUACCAGGAGCACUGGCCAAGUCGCAGUUUCCCGUUUUCACCAUCUACGCGCAGAAAUCAUGCCUGGCCAUCCGCCCGUGCGCCCGUGCCUGGUGCAUCGACAGAGUACAAGGCUACAAAUUACUGGGAUACGAAAAACGAUCAGCUCAGGCAGCUUCUAGGCGCGACUGCCUGGAGAUGUGCCUCGGUGAGACGGACUUCACAUGCCGAUCUGCCAACUUUUAUCGGUCUAGCGGUUUGUGUGAACUGUCUGACAUGGAUCGCAUCACAUUGGCCGGCUCCAGUGCCUUCAAGCACAGCGAUGAGGCGGACUAUCUUGAGAAUGCAUGCGCCGAGGAGCCAAACAAGCUCUGUGAAUUCAAACGCCUCUCCGGCCGCAUCCUCAAGACCGUGGACUCGGUGUAUCAAGACGUGUCCAGUGUGGACGAGUGCCGGGAAUUGUGUCUCAAUUCACCCUAUCGCUGCCACUCCUAUGACUACGGUGACACCGGCGAUAUGGUGUGCCGUCUAAGUCAUCACAGCCGCGCCACACUUGCCGACAUCCAAGAUCCCUACUUAGACGUCCCCGAGGCGGCCACAUAUGAGCUCUCAUCCUGCUACAAUGUCUCCAUUGAGUGCCGCGCCGGCGACAUGGUGGCCAAGAUCCGCACAUCCCGCAUCUUUGACGGCAAGGUGUACGCCAAGGGGGCCCCCAAGUCGUGCUCUGUGGACGUGAAGAACGCCCUGGAGUUCGAACUGCGCAUGGGAUAUCAAGAUCUCGAGUGCAACGUGCGCCAGAAUGGCCUGGGACGCUACAUGAACGACGUCGUCAUUCAGCAUCACGAUAAGAUUGUCACAUCCUCAGAUUUGGGACUUGCGCUCACAUGCCAGUACGACCUCACCAACAAGACUGUGUCCAAUGAUGUGGACUUGGGCGUCACCGGAGACAUCGAGACCACCCUGUCCGAGGAAGUCGUCGUGGACUCACCCAACGUCAUCAUGAAGAUCACCUCUCGCGAUGGCAACGACAUGAUGCGAUCCGCCGAGGUGGGAGAUGCCCUGUCGCUGAAAUUCGAGAUUGCCGAGCAACAGUCACCCUACGAGAUCUUCGUCCGCGAGCUCGUGGCCAUGGAUGGCACGGACAAUGCCGAGAUCACCCUCAUCGACUCCGACGGCUGUCCCACAGAUCACUUCAUCAUGGGUCCCAUCUACAAGAGCUCCACCACCGGGAAGAUCCUCAUCUCGCACUUCGACGCCUUCAAGUUCCCCUCUUCGCAGACGGUGCAAUUCAGAGCCCUGGUCACACCUUGCAUGCCCACCUGCGAGCCCGUGCAGUGCGACGAGGAGGACUUCAGCGGAGAGCUGAGAUCUCUCAUCUCCUACGGCCGCAAGCGGCGAUCAGUCAAUGCUUCCAGGCGAAUGCGCCGUGAAACACUCAAGCAGCCACCAGAAGACAUGCUUCUGGUGCAAUCAAUUGAAAUUACCGACAAAUUUGGCUUCGAGAAGCAACAAUCGCAGAUUAGGCCCACCACGAAAGAGACUGUCUUUAUGGCCACCGAUAAUCAGGCAUUCUGCAUAAAUGGCUUCGGUCUCAUACUGGCCGGAGCUGUCUUCCUGCUCGCUCAAGUCUCAGUCAUCGGCAUCUGGACAUUCCUGUGGCAGCGACGACGAAAACAGCGCAACUUCGAGGAGUCCGCGUACGGCUCCACCAUUCCCACGCCCACCCUCACCGCCGGCCGGACUGAUUCGCUCUGCAAACUGUACGAGACAACCCACUCGAGACAUCCUCGUCACUUCUAA